AUGCCGGUAAAGCAAGCCCGCAUGAGGGAGAUGGCUUCUCAAGCCCUUUCCCCGUUCCCCCUCGGCCCAAACAACACCAAAUCCAAUGCCUUCCACGAUAUCGAGAAUGCGCAUGGCCCCGAACAGCAAAGUCAUAAAGUACAUCCACGGACCAGGCGACCUGAGGCCGACUCACACCUCAUUGGCGAUGAGACAGGUCUUCAGGGUGUCUUCAAUCGUUCGAUGGGAUAUAUCGUUGGGACAGUUCUCAAGGCCCAGUCACUCGAUGAAGAAUUUGCGGAUUUCAAGUGUCUUGGAAACACUUAUGCCAACACGCCUGAUAGCAUCCUGGUGGCCUCUAGCCACGGUCACAAAAAUCCUUCAAGGCGACAAUCUGCAUCGACUCUCCGGAGAAUCGUGGGCGGCUAA